AUGAUGAAGGUGACAGUAGCCUCAAUCCUGGUGCUUUUACUCUGUUGCUGGCCGGCUUUGGCUGCUGCUCGUGAAGACCAUGUCAAGUACAAGGACCCGGCACAGCCGCUAAACAUCCGAAUCAAGGACCUAAUGGAUAGAAUGACUCUAGCAGAGAAGAUUGGGCAGAUGACCCAGUUGGAUCGCUCUGUCGUCACACCGGAGAUUGUUAGAGAUUACUCCAUUGGCAGCGUGCUUAGCGGCGGAGACAGUGCCCCAUCUCUACAGGCUACUGCACAGGUGUGGAUUGACAUGGUGAAUUCAUUCCAACAGGGCUCACUAUCAAGUAGGCUUGGCAUUCCAAUAAUGUAUGGCAUUGAUGCCGUCCAUGGUCAUGGCAUUGUCUACAAUGCCACAGUCUUUCCCCACAAUGUUGGUCUUGGAGCAACCAGGGAACCUGAACUUCUAAGGAGAAUUGGAGCUGCUACUGCUAGAGAAGUUCGAGCAACGGGGAUCGAUUAUGUCUUUGCUCCGUGCAUAGCAGUCUGUAGAGAUCCUCGAUGGGGAAGGUGUUACGAAAGCUACAGCGAAGAUCCCGACAUCGUCAAAGAAAUGACAGAUAUCAUAAUUGGACUGCAAGGACAAAUCCCAUCUGGGUUUUCAAAAGGAGUUCCUUAUGUUGGUGGAAGAAACAAGGUUGCAGCUUGUGCAAAGCAUUUUGUUGGCGAUGGUGGCACAACAAGGGGUAUCAAUGAGAACAACACUGUGAUCAGCAGGCAUGGACUGUUGAGCAUUCACAUGCCAGGAUACUAUCACUCCAUAAUCAAGGGUGUCUCUACAAUAAUGGUUUCCUACUCCAGUUGGAACGGUAAGAAGAUGCAUUCAAAUCAUGAACUCAUCACUGAGUUCCUUAAGAACACUCUCAAAUUCAGGGGUUUUGUAAUUUCUGAUUGGGAAGGUAUUGAUAGGAUCACAGACCCAGCUCAUUCAAAUUACACAUUCUCGAUUCUAUCAGGAGUUCAAGCAGGAAUAGACAUGUUCAUGGUUCCUACAAAUUACAAGGAGUUCAUCGAUGGCCUUACCUACCUUGUCAACAGCAAGGCUGUUCCGAUGUACCGAAUCAACGACGCUGUAAGGAGGAUCUUGAGAGUCAAGUUCGUAAUGGGGCUGUUUGAGAAUCCAUUGGCCGAUGACAGAUUUGUAAAUGAGCUUGGAAGCCAGGAACACAGAGAUUUGGCAAGAGAAGCAGUGAGGAAAUCACUUGUUCUAUUGAAGAACGGCGAAAAUGCAGAUGAUCCAGUUCUUCCUCUGUCGAAGAAGGCGCCGAAGAUCUUAGUAGCCGGAACUCACGCUGAUAAUCUAGGUUACCAGUGCGGCGGUUGGACGAUCAAAUGGAAAGGACUCAGCGGCGACAAUCUCACAACCGGAACCACCAUCCUCGAGGCGGUGAAGAAAAGCGUCGAUCCAAACACGGAGGUCGUACACGACGUAAGUCCGACGGCGGAUUACGUGAAGGCGAACAACUUCACGUACGCCAUUGUCGUGGUAGGAGAACCGCCCUACGCCGAGACCAAUGGCGACAACUUGAACCUGACUAUCCCGGAAGGAGGCUUGGACACGAUCCAGCACGUGUGCAACGUCGUCAAGUGCGUCGUUGUCCUCGUCUCCGGCCGACCCCUGACGAUUCAUCCGUACAUGUCGCAGUUGGACGCGCUCGUGGCAGCAUGGCUGCCGGGAACAGAGGGCGAGGGCGUCGCCGACGUACUGUUCGGUGAUUAUGGGUUCACCGGAAAGCUGGCGAGGACGUGGUUCAAAACCGAGGAUCAACUUCCGAUGAACCAUGGAGACGAGAAUUACAAUCCGCUUUUCCCUCUGGGAUUUGGGCUUACAACUGAGCCUGUUAACAAAUCUAGCUAG